UUAUCUAUUAUUUACGUUUGUUUGAGAUUUUCGAUGAAUGAAUGAAGCAUUUUAUAGUGCUUUUUUAUGGAGCACUAGGAAGAAAAUAUUUACCCAUGGAGCACUUUUUUUCUCUUACAUUAGUCAAAAAGAUCCCUGUUGUUUGUCGUCUUAUCAAAUACAGUUAUAUACUAAUAUAGCCUAUAUAUUAAUAAGAAACAAAUGAUAGUUGAAAGAUCCCCUAAGAAAAUAUUAAAAGAAAGUCCUUCCUCGAAUUUUUCCUAUAGGAAAAUUCAGGAAAUUGUAAUUAAUUGUAAGCUGAAAUCUGUUAUUUGAUGACAAAUAAACAAAUAAAAGACAUUUAAGUCCAAUACACAAGCGACAAAAGCAGUAAGACCAACUUAUAUCAUUAUUUAUAAACGAAUUCAUCAUUUUAACAUUUUUAUGACGCCGUCAUUAGCUGCAGUGCCAGGCCGUCAAAACCACGCCCUCUUUCUCAGCGCACAUGCUCAUUGGUCAAACUGUCAUUUGCAGGACACGCCCCCGGACUGGCUGGGCUGUAUAUAAACAGGCCGUGAUCUCUCACCAGCAACAAGUACCUGAAGGGUACAAGCAAAGAAACCUUUUGACGACCUGCGGUUUUUAAACGGUUGUCUUGAGCAAUACGUUGUUUCAGGAUCUGAAGGAAUUUGUCUUAAUAUUCCUAAGUCCUUCAAAACUUUACUACUUGAGAAGCAUUCAAGUAGCUAUAAGCCAUUUUUACCUUAAUACAUAAAGAUGGAGUUGUCGGAUAUUCCCUUCCCCAUCUCAUCAGCUGAUGAUUUCUACGACGACCCUUGCUUCAACACCAACGACAUGCACUUCUUUGAAGACCUGGACCCCAGGCUCGUCCACGUGAGCCUGCUCAAGCCCGACGACCAUCACCACAUCGAGGACGAGCACGUAAGGGCACCCAGUGGGCAUCAUCAGGCCGGCAGGUGCCUGCUGUGGGCAUGCAAAGCCUGCAAGAGAAAAACAACCAACGCUGACCGCCGCAAAGCCGCCACCAUGAGGGAGAGGAGACGACUGAGCAAAGUCAACGACGCUUUCGAGACCCUCAAGAGAUGCACGUCCACCAACCCGAACCAGAGGCUGCCCAAAGUGGAGAUUCUGAGAAACGCCAUUAGUUACAUUGAGUCGCUGCAGGCGCUGCUCAGGAGUCAAGAGGAAAACUACUACCCUGUUCUGGAGCAUUACAGCGGAGACUCUGAUGCCUCCAGCCCGAGAUCCAACUGCUCUGAUGGCAUGAUGGAUUUCAUGGGCCCUACAUGUCAGUCGAGAAGACGGAACAGUUAUGACAGCUCUUACUUCAACGACACGCCAAAUGCUGACGCACGGAAUAAUAAAAGCUCAGUGGUGUCGAGUUUGGAUUGUCUGUCGAGUAUCGUGGAGCGAAUUUCCACAGAGACCCCCGCGUGUCCCGUGCUGUCAGUACCGGAGGGGCACGAAGGGAGUCCGUGUUCUCCGCAGGAGGGGUCCGUCCUGAGUGAGAGCGGGGCUCCUGCACAGUCCCCGACCAACUGCCCUCAACAGCAGGCUCAGGAUCCCAUCUAUCAAGUGCUUUAAAGAUCCGGUACAUUUCAAAACAAAUCGAAAGGGACAAUUUGAAUCAAGAAGCAUUCAACAGAAAAAUGACAAAUCCGAUCUUAACGUCAAAAGAAAGACUAUUUCGAUCCACUGCUGGAAACUAGGAACGAAUGAUCUUUCUUUCUUUCUUUCUUUCUUUCUUUCUUUCUUUCUUUCUUUCUUUCUUUCUUUCUUUCUUUCUUUUUAUGCUGUGGAAAAUCUAAUUCCUUUAUGAAAAAGGCAAGUGAGUUUCUUAACUACGCUUAUUUAUAUUAUUGUAGCUAUCCAUGUGAAAAUGUGACCAUAUUUUUUUCCCCUUUGUGAGUAUAUUUUCUGUCACCAUCAGCUUUUAUUUCCUAAUUAUUUACGAGAGAAUCGUAAUCCAGAUACGGAUAGUAGGACCACUUUUGUAUAUGUGUAAAUAAGAUCUGUUUUGUUAAAGCGACGAAAACGAACAAACAUAUUAUUGUAUUUAAUGAUGCCUGUUUGAAACACUAGCUUGUUGUGUCUUGUGUUAAACUUUAUAUUUAUACUUCUUAAACGAGUGAAUGUCGGAUUAAUAAAAAUAUAACUAUUUAUACUCAAAUA